UAAAAAUAAUGUGGAAGCUGAAGAUUUCAGAAGGAAAUGAUGGAUGUGUUAAAAGUGUAAACAAUCACACAGGCAGACAGUUCUGGGAAUUUAAACCAGAGCUUGGAACACCUGAAGAAAAAGCACAAGUUGAAAUUCUUCGGAAGCACUUCACCAAAAAUCGCUUUCAACAAAAGCAUAGUUCUGAUCUUAUUAUGAGACUUCAGUUUGCAAAGGAGAAUCCAUGUGAGAUGAAUUUGCUUCCUGAGAAAGUGAAAAUAACAAGUGAAAAAGAAAUAACGGAGGAAUUGGUGGCUAAUACAUUGAGAAGAAGCCUGAGAUUCUAUUCAACUCUUCAAACUGAGGAUGGCUUCUGGCCUGGCGAUUAUGGUGGCCCUUUAUUUCUUCUUCCUGCCUUGGUGAUUGGCUUAUAUGUUACUGGAGCCUUAGAUGCAAUACUACAUUUGGAACAUCGGAAAGAGAUGCUACGCUAUUUGUAUAACCAUCAGAAUAAAGAUGGGGGUUGGGGAUUACAUAUAGAAGGAUGCAGCACAAUGUUUUGUACAGCACUCUCCUAUGUGGCUCUAAGAUUGCUUGGAGAAGAAAUGGAUGGUGGCGAUGGCUCCCUGGAGAAAGCUCGAAAGUGGAUCAUUGAUCGGGGUGGUGUUACUUCCAUUCCAUCUUGGGGAAAGAUGUGGCUUUCGAUACUUGGUGUAUACGAGUGGAAUGGUAACAAUCCUAUACUCCCAGAGAUGUGGGUUAUGCCAGAGUUUGUUCCCAUUCAUCCAAGAUGGAUGUGGUGUCACAGUCGAAUGGUAUAUUUGGCAAUGUCAUAUUUAUAUGGCAAGAGAUUUGUGGGACCAAUUAAUCUUCUUAUAAUUUCUCUUAGAAGAGAGCUUUACACUCUUCCUUAUCAGAAUAUUGAUUGGGACCAUGCCAGAAAUCAAUGUGCCAAAGAGGACCUUUACUACCCUCAUCCAAUGAUACAAGACAUAAUAUGGAGUUGUAUUAACAAGUUUGUGGAACCUCUUCUAAUGAAAUGGCCUAUGCGUAAGUUGAUGAGAGAAGCUGCUCUCAAAACAGUAAUCAAACACAUCCACCAUGAAGAUGAAACCACUCAAUACAUAUGCCUUGGACCUGUUAAUAAGGUACUCAACAUGGUGUGUUGUUGGGUGGAGGACCCUGAUUCUCUAGCUUUUACGCUUCACCUUCCAAGAAUUAAAGACUAUCUUUGGAUAGCUGAAGAUGGAAUGAAAAUGCAAGGCUACAAUGGAUCUCAAUUCUGGGAUGUUGUUUUUACUGUUCAAGCUAUCCUCAAUACUAAUCUUCUUCAUUCAGAAUAUGCUGCUUCGCCCAUGCUUAAGAAAGCACACAAUUUCAUCAAAGCCACUCAAGUUCGAGCAGAUAGCUCAGAUAACGUAAAUUAUUGGUAUCGCCACAUUUCUAAGGGAGGAUGGCCAUUCUCUACUCUAGAUAAUGGUUGGCCUGUGUCAGAUUGCACUGCUGAGGGAUUAAAGGCGGCAAUCCUGUUGUCACAAAUGCCAUCUGAUAUUGUAGGAGAAGCAAUACCAGUAAAUCAAUUAUACGAUGCCGUUAAUGUGAUUUUAUCCUUACAGAACAAAAAUGGAGGCUUUGCGUCAUAUGAACUCACAAGAUCUUAUGCAUGGUUGGAGAUCAUGAAUUCGGCUGAAAUAUUUGGAGAUAUUAUGAUAGAUUAUCAGUAUGUGGAAUGCACAUCAGCAGCAAUUCAAGGCCUAAAGUCAUUCAUGGAAAAGUAUCCAGGCCAUCGGACUAAAGAAAUAGAAAUAUCGAUUGCAAAGUCAGUCAAGUUUAUUGAAAGCAUACAACAACCAGAUGGCUCAUGGUAUGGGAGUUUCGGAGUGUGCUUCACUUAUGGAACAUGGUUUGGAAUAAAAGGGUUGGUGAGUAGUGGAAAGACAUAUGGAAGUAACAAUAGCAUCAAAAAGGCAUGUGAGUUUUUGUUAUCAAAGCAACUUCCUUGUGGAGGCUGGGGAGAGAGCUACCUUUCAAGCCCAAACAAGGUAUAUACAAAUCUUCCAAGAAACAAAGCACAUCUAGUCAACACUGCAUGGGCAAUGUUAGCUCUCAUUGAGGCAGGCCAAGGCUACAGAGAUCCAGUUCCAUUGCAUCGUGCAGCAAAAGUGCUCAUUGAUUUACAAAUGGAAAAUGGAGAUUUCCCACAACAGGAAAUCAUUGGAGUCUUCAACAAGAAUUGCAUGAUAAGUUAUUCAGCUUAUAGAAAUAUCUUUCCCAUAUGGGCUUUGGGAGAAUAUCGCAAUAGUGUGUUGCUAUCAUCUAAAGAAUAUUAAAUGUACAUAUUAAAAGAAAUAAUAACAGUCCUCGCAACUAUGGAGGUAAAAUUGCAAAAUACAAUGUAACAAGUUUCUCUUUUUUAACUGGUAGUAAAAAAUGUUUAUAUUGUAUAUGUAUUUGACAAUUCAUGAAUAUUUGUAAUAACAUUUUUUAGGUUGUGUUUUAUAAUGUUGUAUGCAUAUAUAUUUUAUUAUUGAUCAUAUCUCUAAAAUACGAAUCUUAUCUUUUGAA